AUGCAAGGCAAUGUAGACAAGGGAAGGUUGCGCAGAGACAAGAAUAGCCUGGUGGACGGUGGACGGUGGACAGUAGACGCGGGACCGCAGUGGGCGGAUCUCCGCUACAAAAGAGAAGAUACGCAGUCGUCCGUCGAGGUGAGGUAUAAGCCCAGUUGCUGUGUGAGGCGCAUGGAGCAACCAGACGUGGGAGCCGCCGUGGAUGCUGGGGACUUGGGGGGCGGCGCUAUGCAGUCGAAUGCGAGGGCCGCCCUCAAGACCAAGGACAGCGAACGGGGGUGGCCUCGUCAUCCUCUGGCCGGCGCUGGACCUCAAAGGGGAAAGGCUCGAGCUGCCAGAGCUUCGAAACCCCAAACUCGGGCGUUAGUUACAUUUGGUGGAACGACCAGGUCUGGAGUUAUGCAGGGCGACUGGAGAAUGAGACCCAUCCCGGCCGAGGCGACGCGCAAGGGUCCAUCGACGGCCGAGCACUGCGACGACGACGUCUAA